CUCCAAAUCCCAUCCUCACACUCUGCAACCGUCAGCACACAUCUCACCGCUGAAGAAACUGGUCUCAUCUAUCCAUCAACAUUGAAUCUAUAUCCGUGAGGAAGAAUUGUGUAAAUGGUAAGAGGAAGACGUGGGAGCCUGAAGGCAGGAAAUAACAGCGAGAUGUGCAAACGGGUGACUAAUACCAGACUGGCUGUGAACUGCCGUGCUGAUAAACUGUACUUAUUUCCUAUCUUCUUCCUGCUUAGACAGGUGCAUCAGCAAAUCAUACUCCCUGUGUGUGGGUGAGCAGAAGUAAGCUGGGACUGCAUCUCUGUUGACUCCUCCGCAGAUUCAGCAUGAAGCAGGGGAGAGAGAGAAACAGACAUGCAGACAGAAUGAAUAGAAAGAAGAGGACGGGGAGAGAGGCAGAGAGUGAGAGAGAAGAGUGAAAGCGACAGAAGAUAUAUUUGACUGUGUGGGUGUGUGAAGUAUCAAGGCAUGCAUCAUAAUUGUGGAUUCUUCUUGGAGCAGCUGGACAAGUCAAUGCAUCAGCAGGGCAUUAUUAGUCCUUCAAAGUGUAUUAUUUUGUACUUUGAAACAGCGGGAGCUGUGAGCGCAGCCAGCGACAUUUUCAAAGACAAAAUGGAAACCGUUUUGUUUCUGCUGCCUCAAGGAUUUCAUUAACUGGGAUUACAAAAAUACACACUUUAACUGAAGUGAUGCCGCAACUGAUGCGUGGAAAAAUAUGAUGUCUCUGCUCUAUCAAUAAUCCAGAAUUGAAGUCAACAAUUAAUCUGAGAUGGCACUCAGCCCUAUCAUCAUCUGCCUCCUGACACUAAUUGGCUACGGCUCAUCCCACCCCUCUCCUCCUCGGGGAUGCAGUGUGGAUGUGGACCCCCCCUACAGAGUGCUGUGUGACCUGGAGUCAGUGUGGGGUGUUGUUCUGGAGGCUGUGGCCUGCAGCGGUGGCGUCACCUCCCUGUUCCUCGCUGUGCUCCUGCUGGUGAAGCUGCGCUCCAUUUCUGACCCUGCCAGGCGCUCCGGUCUGGGGCCUCUGCUGCUGCUGCUGGGCACACUCCUUGGGCUUUUUACCAUCUCUCUGGCUUUCCUGGUGGGGAAGAACCAGGCGCUCUGUGUAGUUCGCAGGGCCUUCUGGGGACCCCUUUUUGCUCUCUGCUUCUCCAGCUUGCUGGUGCAGGGCGUGAGGCUGAGGAGGCUGGUGGCUGGGAAGCUGAGCCCAUCGGGCAGCACCCUGGCAGCACUCGGUCUGGCCUUGGCCUUGGUUCAAGGGAUAAUCUCCGCUGAAUGGGUCCUGCUGACUGUGGUUAGGGAGGGUCACCCAGCCUGCGAAUAUCCACCUUUAGACUUCGCUCUGACAUGCAGCUACACUCUGGGGCUGCUCCUCAUAGCCAUGGGUCUCUCUCUGGGGGUGGUUCUCUGUGGAGGAGAGCUGGCAGCAGACGGAGGAGGCAGUGGCGAAGAAGACAGAGAAGGAGAGAGUGAAAAACGGAGAUGGAAGUGUAACGCCGUCUGGCUCUUUCUGUCCAGUCUGGCAUCAGCACUGCUAUGGGUGGCCUGGCUGGGCUUUUACCUUUAUGGCAGCCAAGCAUUGAGGGGAAAGGGGAAAAGAGGAGGAGGACAGAAAGAUGCAAAAGUGCUGGAUGAGCCUGCGCUAGCUGUGGCCUUGGUCAUUCAGGGCUGGAUCCUGCUCCUGCUCCACGCCAUACCAGAGAUGCAUCUGUGUCUCCGGAAACCGCCGCAGACCAACACUCAAGAUUUCUUCGACACCAGUAACACUUCUCCUCCUCCACAUUUUGGAGAUGAUCUUCCUGCACACUCUCACCGACCCUUCCCAGAAAACCAGGCCUUUUCCAUGGAGGAGCGCAGUGCAACUCUCCGAAGCGGAACAUACCACGGCAGCCACGGGAGUGUCCGUCCUGGCAUCGCCUUCAGAGGCCAGAUGCCCACAGCUCCAAUUAACUACACUGGACGACGGUUAUGGUAAUAAGGGUUGAGAUUUGAAGAGGAAACACUCCAGCCACACUGGUAAUGUAGAAGAGUCUACUGUCGCCUAAGAAGGAAAUAUGAACACCACAUAUCAUAUAAUGGAUUGACUUCAUGCGAAAUAGAUAUCUUUAACGUGUUUGUGUUUCUGCGCACAUGUAUGGAGUUUACACUUUAAACUAAUAGUAUUUUUGCUUAAAUUUCCUUGAUUGCCUCAGAAUGGAUAUUAACUCACAAGAGAUGAAGACAGCAUUUAUGGUGCAUUACUUUGAUCCACACAGAUCAGCACAUGCAGUCAACUGUAAUAUGUACGUACAGUAACAGGGAGUGUAUAAAUAGAUGUUAUAUAGACAAGGUAAAUAAAAAUAGAUAUGUAUUGAACUACUGAAUGAGCUGCUGUUAGGGUGAAAACUGAGUGAGAAGUGAGAGCUUAAAAGAUGAUUUGAAUGUAGUAAACACUUUUGCCUGAGCAGCUCUGAACCAGUGCUGUUCCUUACUUAUGUCUGCUCAUCACUGAUGCUUGCUUUGUAAAAAAAAAAAAAAAAAAAAAAAAAAAAGAGUGCACUUUCUAUCUUUUUUUGUUUGGCUUCAAGCUACAACUCAGACAUGACACCUUUAGGAUGUUUAUGUAAAUGACCUGCAUACGCCUACAAUGCUUGCCUGACCUCUGUAUUUCAUGCUGAAAAGCCCCAAAGGAGUCCCAUAGUGCUUUUCUCUCUAUUUAUCUCUAUUCCAGUAUCAGUGCUUUUCGACCGUUUGGCACAAUUCAAAAUGUGUGUUACAGAACGCUAUGUAAUUGGAGCUUGUAAAGGGUUGUGUGAGAGUGUUUUGUUUUUUAAAGAUGGAUAAUAAGCAUAAUUUAAAAAGCCAUUUUAAUACUGCAAUACUAAUUCUGCAGUAUAGAGUUUACUGUUGGAGGCUGUGAUUUUGCACUUUAUCAGCAAUGAUUAUAUCUGGGAGUUGUGAUAUUUGAGAUGCAUGUAAAAGCACAGUUUAAAGUGUGUUUUGUCAAAAAAGUAUGUGUUUUCUAGAGUUUUGAUAUUUAUACUAAAGGAUCAUUUGUAGUUUUGAGUUUCAAAAAUUCUCAACAUUGGAGAGCGCAUUUGACAAAGCAGCCUGACCUGUUUUAAGCCAACACUGGCAUGACAUCCUAAAGGAGUAAGAAAAAAUGUAAAUGUAUACAUUUUCAAGACAACUGGGCAAACCCCAUUUGCAAAGGAAGACCAUGUGACUAGAAAAGCAGUUACCAGAUAGACUCUGUGGUCAGACUGUUUUGUCACCAACUUUCAGCAUUUAUUUACUCAUGAUUUUCCAAAGUUACCCUGGAUUCAAUGAGGCUACUGAUCAUUAUAGACACUUUGUUUAUAUAGUGUCAUGAAAACAUACGUGAACCCUUUGAAAUUAUCUGAUUUUCUGCAUUGAUUGAUGGCCAUUGCUCACAUAUUCAAGAAGAGCCUAAAUGUACUUUGACAGUGAUCCUGUAGACCAGUGGCUUUUGUGGCUGAUGUUACAUUUUAAUUGUCUAAUAUAGCUACAGGCCCAUUGUCCUUAAUUGGUGCUGUCGAUAAAUCUAUUAUAACUGAUUACUGACCACUAAAAGUUGAGAAAAUUAAUCAAAAUUUGUAUUCCAACUUCUCACAAAGAGUUAGUGUUUGUAUGCACUGCUGUUUUUACAAUAUACACAGUGCUGCAUGUUCAUACCAAACUAGUUUCAAAUGAUUUUAGCAAAACUUAGGCUUGCAAUAUUGGUUUUACAUACCAAUAAGAUAAAUCCAGAGGGUUCACUUAUUUUUUCUUCCCUCUGUAUAUUUGUGGCAUUCAGGAUGCUAUUAAAUUUUAAAUUCCAUCAAUUACACAGAAAAUAUUUGGCCAUCCAUCAAUGUCAGUUUAUCCGGAAACAUGUAAACUGGCAGCAGCUGCAACAGUAUUUUAACUCUGACACAAAAAGACAAAGUUAAAAAGUUGAAGUUAAAAUGCAAUUCCAAUGCAGCUGUCAUCACAUUCAUGUUGUACCCAUUCCUUUUAGCUAUAACACUAAAUUGUUAAUAAUUUUGCUUUAGUGUACAAGUGUGUGCUCUGAUAUUGUACAAUGAAAACAGAGGAUUUUUAUGUAAUAUCCCUAUUUAACGGAUUUUUAAACAUAUACUGCAAAUGUUCCAAAUGUGAAUAAGCACUGGUAUUUCCCUUUUGAAAUGCUCUUACGAUGAUAGCACUGUCACUGUUUUAUGGCAGCAUAACAUGAAUGUCUGUAAUGUGAUUUGCACAAAGUGGCUAAUACAUCAAUUAACAUUUUCUGUUAAAUAUUGUCUCGUCUUUUUACUGGAGGAAUCUGUCAGCUUGUACUGAAGAAUAUAUGACCGGUCAACUGUAACUGAAUCGCAGGCAAGUAAAGAAGAAAACAACACAACAGUUUCAACACAAAACUGUUUUUAAAGGGACACCGCAAUCUGAUGCACGUGCGAUAUUCUCUGCAGACAAUCCAUAUCGCACACAUUAAAUUGUCUAUCUUUAUCAGAUGUUUUUAGUCAAAACUUCAUCUACCACAUGAAAACUAUUAGAACUUCACUGAAUAAGUCACAUUUAUGUGAACUGCUCAGUUGUGUAACAACAUUUGUCUGGAAGAAUGGUGUAAAGGGAAUCUCACGUUUCCCAUAUUUUACACAGCAUAUCUCUUCAUUGUCAGCAACCAUGAAAUAGCUUUAUCAUUAAUUUUAGGUGCAUCGAGUUAGGCUUGAUUUUAGAGCCAAGUGCACGAUGUAGGGGAGACAUCAAGUGAUGCGUUGAAUCGUGAGCCAAUUCAUGUCUGAGCUCACCCUGACAAAAAAUAGCCAAAAUCCCUCACUGCAUGUGGGAGUAUUUUCAAAGGAAGCUUCCAGUAGUAAGUAAGUCAUGGCCUGUGGGUGGCUUCCCAAAAGUUAGUGUGCAGGUUGAUGGCUGGGUGCCAAGAGGCUGUAGCUGAAAGCUGAUGUACAGUAUAUUUUGGUAUAGUUUUGAUUUGAAAUCAAUUUAUUUUUCAGGUCCAUAUGCACUGAUUUGCAGUGAGAGUUACUGCAACAGGACUGCACAGUGGCUCAGUGGUUAGCUCUGUCGUCUUGCACCGAGAAGAUUCCCAGUUUGUGUCCCAGUCUGGUCCUUUCUGCAUGGAGUUUGCAUGUUCUCCUUGUGAAUGUGGGGUUUUCUCUGGCUUCCUCCCACAGUCCAAAAGCAUGUUGAGGUUAAUUGAAAAUUCUAAAUUGCCUGUAGGAAUAAAAAGAAGUUCCUGUUCA